UCCAAUACCUUUCUUAGCAUUGUGUGUAAAUAUAUAUUUCUAAGCUCUAUGGCACCCCUUUGCCACCAAACAUAAAGUCUCUUGCUUCCUUCCUCCUUCCCUCUUUCCUUUAUUUCAUUUAACAGCCAAUGGCCAAUGUAGUGGAGCUGAAAGUGGGUUUGCACUGUGAGGAAUGCAUCAAGAAAAUCUUGAAGGCCAUCAAGAAGAUAGAAGAUAUUGAAACGUACAACGUGGAUACAAAGCUGAACAAGGUCGUGGUGACGGGCAAUGUCACCAGGGAUGAAGUCAUCAGAGUUCUUCAAAAGAUAGGCAAACAAGCAAACACUUGGGGUAGUGCUGAUGAUUGAUCAAUUCACCCUGGUAGCCAUGGAUGAUCACCAAGAAGAACUGAGUAUGAACGUGUUGCUGUAGAGAAAAGCAAUUUUGAUCUUUUCACUACUUUUUCUACUGCAAUAUUUAGAAUAAGCAAAUCAUAUGGAAUAAAAAUAUAAAUAUGAAAAUAAUUUUAAUAUUUCUUAAAAGGCAAUGAUCUAAGGGAGGUUCAUUUCUUUUAUUCCCCAAAAUGGAAAGUUACUACAACAAGUUACAAACUAACUACGAUCUAAAAGGAGAGAUCUCUGUACACGAAACAUUACAAAUUGAGGUAAAUAAAGAAAAA